AUGUCAUUCAAUCCGUACGUCAGGCUCGAACGAUUGAAACAGAUAUUUCCCUCGGAUACCUCCUUUCAGCCUGAAGAGGAGGCACGAGCGAAAGACCGAGAAGCAGACGGAGAACCAGAUGGAGUACCAGACGGGGAAAAAGACAGAGACGACCUGGAGGACGAUGACGAAGACAAAGACAGUGACUACCACCCAGUGUCAUCCUCGGACGAAGAAAGAGAGACCUUCAACUCAAAAAACUGGGAAAUAAUCUGGUCUUCGACGGCGUACGACCGAGCGGUAAGCUGCUGCUCCUCCACUGUUGAUACGGCUGUGAGCGGGCUCUCUCCGGGCCCAACGAUGCAAGCGAAGUAUGGCGCCGGUGACAUAGCCUCGACGUUCAGCCUGUUCAUCACGCCAAUGGUAGAGGACAUCAUCCUGGAGAAUACGAACCGGGAGGGUCGUCGAAAAUACGGUGAUGAAUGGAGAGAGAUGUAUGAGGUCGACCUGCUUGCCUACAUAGGGCUGCUGAUCUUAGCGGGCGUGUACAGGUCCCGAGGAGAGGCCGCCGCCAGUCUCUGGCACCCCGAAAACAGCAGGGCCUUAUUUCGUGCCACCAUGCCCCUAAAACAAUUCCACACCUACUCCAGACUGCUGCGCUUCGACGACCGCGAGACGAGACCCAGGAGACGAGCCAGCGACAAAUUAGCUGCCAUAAGAGAAGUGUGGGACUUGUGGGUGUCGCAGUUACCCUGUCUCUACAACCCAGGGCCCGAAGUGACCGUGGAUGAGCAACUGGUUCCGUUCAGAGGCCGGUGUCCUUUCCGUCAGUACAUGCCAAGCAAGCCUGCGAAAUAUGGGAUCAAGUCGUGGGUGGCCUGCGAUUCAAAAUCCAGCUACGCUUGGAACAUGCAAGUAUACACCGGAAAGCCGGACCAGGAACACCCAGAACGGGGCUUGGGGUUGCGGGUAGUGCUCGAUGUAACGGAGGGACUACACGACUGUAACGUCAGGUGCGACAAUUAUUUCACCUCCUACAAACUCGCCCAGCAGCUGCUGGAGAGAAAUCUCACCCUGGUAGCCACAGUACGGAGGAACAAGCCCUGGCUCCCACGCGGGCUGCUCACAGUCAGGGGAAGGGAGGCCUUAUCCUCCAAGUUUGCAUUCACGCCCAGUGCCACUCUUGUCUCUUACUUCCCGAAGAAAAACAAGAACGUGUUGCUCAUGAGCACGCUGCACACCAAGGCCGACGUCAGCGACCGCCCGGACAGGAAGCCGGUCAUCAUUCUAGACUACAACCGCAGCAAAGGUGGCGUGGACAACCUGGACAAGGUGGUCGGAACAUACAGCUGCAGGAGGAUGACCGCACGCUGGCCGUUGGUGAUAUUUCACAACAUGAUCGACGUCUCCUCCUACAACGCAUUCGUCAUAUGGAGAGAGCUAUACCCAGACUGGAUGCAGAGAAAGCUGAACAAGCGGAGAUUUUUCCUGGAGGAGCUGGGAAAGGCUCUCGUUUCUUCCUUCAUGGAACAGAGAGAGCGUAUCCCCCGCACUGAAGCGUCCAUUGCGGUUGUGAAGGCUGUGAAAGCCGCCGCCUCACCAAGACCUGCAGGUCCCAUAGCAUCCAUGGAGCAUCCCCCAGCAGCAGCAGCACCCCCAGAAGCAGCAGCAUCAGCAGCCGGAGAAGAAGCCCCGCUCAGGGACAACAAGAGGAAGAGGAAGAGAUGCUACAAUUGCCCCAGGAGAAAUGACACUAAAACGGGCAACAUCUGCUGCCGGUGUGACAACUACAUAUGCAAGGGAUGCUCACAUAUCUAUUGCUCCUCCUGUAUGUCAUAA